AUGGAGUGCACUGCGCUUGACGUGCACGACGCGGCUCCAGCCCCAAAAGCGAGAAAGAGGAAGAGACAGGACGAGGACAGCGACGAUGGGAACGGCGAGGCCGCUACAGAGGAAGGGAACGCGCACCACGAAGCUGAAAAACCGGGAUUACGAUGUCCGUUCUACAUGCGCACUCCGGGCGCGCAUCGUCGAGACGCAUGCCAGAUUAAGUCGUACAAGACGAUGGGGCGGCUCAAACAGCAUCUCGAUCGCGUACACACUAAACCACUGCAAUGCGACCGUUGCUGGCAAGAUAUGGAAUCAUUCGAAGCGUAUGCAAAACACAUCCAAUCAGACCCGAUCUGCACCAAGGCCAAGCAGCCCUCCGACGACGACCGCAUUUGCAAGCAGAAACUGCGCCGCUUGAACCUCAACCAGACGCCCUUUUGCCAGGCGAAGAACGUGGAGGAAAAGUGGGCGAUUUUGUACAAGCAGCUCUUUCCCGAAGAAGAGCAUGUCCCUUUACCAUAUGGAGAAAUGGCACCUAGCGCAGCCGAGGAGCGGUACUUUGCUCAAAUCCUCGAGAAACAACUUCUAACAGACUUUGGCCACGUCAUACGCCGCUUCCCGAAAACCUACAUUCCCCGCGUCAUCAAGAAAUGCCGGCAGGAAGCUCGCAACGCCGUACAAAAGAAAGCUCGGAACGCCGACUCUAUCAUCUACAGCUACAGCGAAUCAUCCCCGUCGCAUGACCUUGGUCUAACAGUCCAGCAAGAGCGCGCAAGCCCGGCGAAUUUCCAUUGUCAGCCUGCGGGCUCGCCUGGCGGAGCGCGGGUCGACGACGGCAGAACAACGCCACCACCACCCGCGAUGCCGGGGUUGCCAAAUGCGGAUGCAUGGGAUUUCGGGGAUUGGCCUGCAGAAGAAGGUCAGAACUUCUUCGACGAUCAAUGGGAUAUAAGCUUCGGGACCGAGGGAGGAUGA